CCCAGCGCCUUCAGUUGUCAAACUCCGCACAGCGCUCCUUGGGAGCACGCCCGGGAACUCCGCUGCGCCUGGCCUGCCCGGGACCUCCAGGGAUCUCCAGCUCGGCGCCCGCCGCCCGACCCAGCUACGCCCGCCGCCCGCCUCCGCCCGCCCGCUCUGAGCCCGCCGCCCGCCGCCGUCCGCCGCCCGCCGGGAUGCUCCUCCGAGUGUUCGCGCUCUGCGCGGCUCUGGCGCUCUGUGGCGCAGCAAAUCCUUGCUGUUCCAACCCGUGUCAAAACCGAGGCGAAUGUAUGAGCAUGGGAUUCGAUCGGUAUUCCUGCGAUUGUACGCGAACGGGAUUCUACGGUGAAAACUGCACAACACCUGAAUUUCUGACAAGAAUAAAAUUACUUCUCAAGCCCACUCCAAACACAGUGCACUACAUACUUACCCACUUCAAGGGAGUCUGGAACAUUGUCAAUAAUAUUCCCUUCCUGAGAAAUUCAAUUAUGAAAUACGUAUUGACAUCCCGAUCACAUUUGAUUGACAGCCCACCAACUUACAAUGUGGAUUAUGGCUACAAAAGCUGGGAAGCCUUCUCUAACCUCUCCUACUAUACCAGAGCCCUUCCUCCUGUAGCUGAUGACUGUCCAACGCCCAUGGGUGUGAAAGGAAAGAAGGAGCUUCCUGAUUCAAAAGAGCUUCUGGAGAAAGUUCUUCUGAGAAGAAAGUUUAUUCCUGACCCUCAAGGCACUAACAUGAUGUUUGCAUUCUUUGCCCAACACUUCACCCAUCAGUUUUUCAAGACAGACCAAAAACGAGGACCUGCUUUCACCAAAGGCCUGGGCCAUGGGGUGGAUUUAAAUCAUGUUUAUGGUGAAACUCUGGACAGGCAGCACAAACUGCGCCUUUUCAAGGAUGGGAAAAUGAAAUAUCAGGUACUAGAUGGAGAGGUGUAUCCCCCCACAGUCAGAGAUACUCAAGUGGAUAUGAUGUACCCACCUCAUACCCCUGAGCACCUGCAGUUCGCUGUGGGGCAGGAGAUCUUUGGUCUGGUGCCUGGUCUGAUGAUGUAUGCCACCAUCUGGCUUCGAGAACACAACCGAGUGUGCGACGUGCUUAAACAAGAGCAUCCGGAGUGGGACGAUGAGCGUUUGUUCCAGACCACCAGGCUUAUCCUCAUAGGAGAGACGAUUAAGAUAGUGAUUGAAGAUUAUGUACAGCACCUGAGUGGCUAUCACUUCAAACUGAAGUUUGACCCAGAGCUGCUUUUCAACCAACAAUUCCAGUACCAGAACCGAAUUGCUGCUGAAUUUAACACCCUCUACCACUGGCACCCUCUACUACCUGACACCUUUCAAAUUGAUGACCAGGAGUACAACUUUAAACAGUUUCUCUACAACAACUCUAUACUAAUAGAGCACGGCCUUACCCAGUUUGUUGAAUCAUUCACCAAGCAAAAUGCUGGCCGGGUUGCUGGCGGCAGGAAUGUUCCUCGUGCUGUAGAAAUGGUAGCCAAGGCCUCCAUUGAUCAGAGCAGGCAGAUGAAAUACCAGUCUCUUAAUGAGUACCGCAAACGCUUUUCACUGAAGCCCUAUGCCUCAUUUGAAGAACUCACAGGAGAGAAGGAAAUGGCUGCCGAGUUGGAAGCUCUGUAUGGUGACAUUGACGCUAUGGAGUUGUACCCUGCCCUUCUGGUAGAAAAGCCUCGUCCAGAUGCUAUAUUUGGGGAAACCAUGGUAGAACUUGGAGCACCCUUCUCCUUGAAAGGACUUUUGGGUAAUCCUAUAUGCUCACCUCAGUACUGGAAACCAAGCACUUUUGGGGGAGAAGUAGGUUUUAAAAUCAUCAACACUGCCUCUAUUCAGUCCCUCAUCUGCAAUAAUGUCAAGGGCUGUCCCUUUACUUCAUUUAGUGUUCAGAAUCCACCCCAUGCCAAAACAGUCACCAUCAAUGCGAGCGCUUCCCACUCCAGACUCAAGGAGAUCAACCCCACAGUGCUAUUCAAAGGACGCUCCACAGAACUAUAGAAGGCCUACUGAUCAUAUUUAUUUAUUUAUAUGAACAAUUUCUUUUAACUUAAUUAUUUAACUUAAUAUUUAUGCUCAGUGCCUUAUGUUACCUUAUCAUCUGUAACAGAAAGGAACACUGGUUUUUGUAGAGCAAGGGAAGAUUUAUUUCAAGAUUCCUAUGUGACUCUUUUUUCUUUACUUGAACUUCCAUAUUUAGUAUGGUUUAAUAAGGAUAAAAGCAAACAUAAAUGCUGUUACAUGAUGACAGAAUAUUUAUCAUUAUUUAAAACCUACCUAUUAUGAUGUACUAGACCAAAUUAAGGUUGUAGGAGGGUAAGGAAAUUUGGGACAUUUAUUGGUCAUCAAAAAAAACAAAUAGACAAGGGUACAAGUAUAUUUUAAAAAUCUACCAUUAAUUUCAUGGUUUUGUUAAAGCAACCUUGAAAUAAUAAUAUGGAAUUUCUAAAUUCAUAGAGUAGAGUCAGUCACAUUUGAAAGUUUAUUUCCCAGACUAAAGUAAUUAAGCUUGUACCCACACUGAUAAAAGUAACUAUCUACAAUAGUUCUCCAAAAUAAUUUAGAUCUCCAAAAUCAGUAGAAACUAUACUAUAAUUGCUGCUUAAAAUAUGGUGUGAGAGAUUUUGUUUUUUCACCAAGAGUGAAAAUGUAUUCAAUGUGACUGUUACAACUUCUUUUUAAAAUCAAAAUGCCAGAGCAUCAGUGUAGGGAAGUCAUUGUAGUCUAAUUUUCAAAAUAAGAAUAUUUUCCCAUAGAGAUUCCAAAUUGUACAUAUGAAUAGUAACAAGUAAAAUCUAUAGCAUCAAAAAGAUUCUAUGUUGGAAAUAACAAGUAACUAGAAUUCUAAAUUGAAGUUCAAAUUUAGCUAUAAGCUUUAGAAGACUUUCCUAUCCUUAGGUUCUAUAGUCCUGGAACUUGAUGGGUUUUGUGAUAAAGUUAAAUUGAACAAUCAUAUUUUCCCAGGCUUUUGCUAUAAAAUAUGAUUUAGCAGUCCCUAUCACAGGGCAAAAAGUAACAGUGGCCUCAUUAAAAGCUCUUCAAAAUGUUUAAAUCCAUUUCACACUAGCUUGAUUGGAUAAUAAGCCAGUUCAGUAUGUGCAUCUGAAUCAAGCCUAAUCACUUACAUUGUUGCUCCUUCUACUUAAAAGAAACUUUUUUCAGCUCAAUGCACUUCUUUCGUUUCAGGAAAGCCUCAGUUCAGGACUAAAACUUAGUCCCUCUUAGAAGAAAUAAAAGAAAAAUUAAGACCUUUAAAAAAUAGUAUUCACUUAUUUUAAAUGAAAGAAAAAGUAUUUAUAAUUUUAGCCAUUUGUACCCAAGCAUACAAAGAAACAUGUAUGUUGCAAAGAAUUGUUAAGGCAUUUCCAACAGGAAAAAAGUUACAUUUAUGUUCUAAAGAAUUCCAUUCUUAUUUAAGAACUCAAACCAAUCAGUAAAUCAUUCUGGGUAAUAAUAAUAAUAAAUAAUAACUGAUAAUAGGUUUCUACAUCUCAUUGUCAGCUGACAUUUUAUGGUACUGUAUUCUAAUAAUUAUUUAUUAAGAAUGAUUAUUUAUGUUUUAUUGAGUAUCAUUGCAUAAACUAUAUUUAAAAUUGUCAUUGAUUUUUUUGUUCAUGUCAAAAUCAAUAUGUCUUUUUGUGAUUACCUCUCUGAAUUAUGUAACCUAUAAAAUUUAUUGAAUUAAGACUGAUGGAUAAAAUGUAAGGAGACUAACUCUAGUAGACUAAGAUAUUUAAGGUCAGAAAUCAUUUCUUUGACAUUUACUUAUAUGCCAACCACAGAGGAUAUUGUCUGAUUAACCUAAACAUGCCUUAAAGACUGACCUUUUAUAUGCUUUUAAAGUCUCUGUUAAUUGUUCAUUAAUUCAGUCAAAUGCGAUCUACUGAAAAAGUGCUCUGUACAAAUGCUAUGGGAUUUGACAUUUUCAAAUCAAGCAUUGAUUUUGGACAACAACUCUUAUGCAAAUAACUGAAAACAUAAUGUAAAAAUAUAUUUCAGUGAAAAUAAACAACUCAGGAAAUUUUGUCUUUAACAUUUUGUGUUUUGAAGGCUUAAGGUUAAGCCUUAAGGUUAAUCAACAUUAGACAAGAUGGUAUAAGAAGACUGCUGUCACAUAUUUGUUUUUAUUUUCUGUUUGUUUGUUUUGGAAAAACAAAUAACUUGAUUGUUACAAGACCAUCCUGCUGACUGAACCUGGAACUCAGGUUGUGUGUGAUUAUUUUAAUGCCUCA